UUCUGUCUUUUAUUGAACACGAAGAAGAAGCGAGGUUUCUUCCGCUUUCGUUCCGUGACGUAACUUCCUUUCUGUCCGUGCUAACCUCGAAGUGAACACGCGUUCGCCGUCUAGCUCAAGAUGCGUUACGUAGCUGCUUACCUGCUCGCUGCCCUAGGUGGAAAUGGCAACCCUCAGGCCAAUGACAUCAAGAAGAUCCUGGAAAGUGUUGGCAUUGAGGCCGAUAACACACGCCUGGAGAAGGUCAUUACUGAGCUCACGGGCAAGAAUGUGGAGGAGGUGAUCACCACAGGUUACGGUAAACUGGCCAGCGUACCAGCUGGUGGUGCUGUAGCCGUUGCCAGCUCUGCAGCCCCUAGCUCAGGUGGAGCUGCUGCCCCUGCAGCAGCUGAGGAGAAGAAGGAAGAGAAGAAAGAGGAGUCUGAGGAGUCCGAUGACGACAUGGGAUUCGGCCUGUUCGACUAAACUUUUUCAACAUUUGAAUAAAAUUUAUAAAAAAAAAA